CAAAUAUACACGAAACAUUGAAUUAGUUACAACGCAGGCUUAUGUCGUUAACGAUUUAUUAGAAGUCUCAUUUGUUAACAAAUAAUUAUGGAUGUUACACAAAUUCGCAACGAUUCUUAUGGCGAAGGACGUCUAUUUCAAGAAAUAUUACCAUACAUUUCAAUUCCAAACGAAAAAUCGGUAUUCAAAUUACGUCUUAACGGAAAAUCUAAAAGGGAGUCAGACGCGUUGCUCGCUGUCAAGAUUGACCCAGCCGUUUUAGAAGCACAGGUCACUAUCGAUACUGGAUAUGACUGUAGAAAGUGUGAAAAGGGCAAGACUCAAUCUAUACAGCCAACCAAAGACACAGAUGGAGAAUCUCGUCGCCUCGAUUUCGAGAAGGCCGUGCGCUUGCAACGUGCUGCCCUUUUGUCCUUGUCAGGUCAACAGAUGAACCUUUUAAUGAGAUAUGUUGAAACCUUACGGGAACAACGACAUUCAAUGCAAAAACAAUUGGAGUGCGCGUUCUGUAAAACCAACGGCCACCCUGAAAUGUGGUAUACAACACACGCACUCAAAGACGGUAAAGGUCGCGUGCGAUGCCCGGUACUGAGAGCUUACUCCUGCCGCCGCUGUGGCGCCACUGGCGACAAUGCCCACACAAUCAAGUACUGCCCGAACAAAUAGGUACUCGAAAUAUCAUUCGAACGGUAAAAAGACUACUUUAUAAGUACUCCUUGUACAUAUACUACGAGUAUAAUAAAGGUGCUCUUUUUAUUUAGUGUU